GAGAGAGAGAGAGAGAGAGGGGGAAGUGUUGAGGAAGAGGCCGCCAUUGAUGCGAGAGCUUGGAGCUCGUGGUUGGUUGGAGGGAUGGAGUUUUGCCCGACGUGCGGGAUGCUUCUGCAAAUCGAACCGCCGAACAAUGGCCGGAGUAUGAGGUUCUACUGCCCAACCUGUCCCUACGUUUGCCCUAUUUCGGGCAAGAUUGUGAAGAAGGAACGCCUGGUGAAGAGGGAGAUGGAGCCAAUCUUUAGUGGUGACAAAGCCAUGGAAUUUGCCCCUAAGACUCAAGCAACCUGCCCGCGAUGCCAUCAUGGAGAAGCUUAUUUCAGGCAAAUGCAAAUUAGAUCUGCAGAUGAGCCAAUGACUACAUUUUACACAUGCUGCAACAAUAAAUGCAAGCAUGAUUGGAGAGAAGAUUAGUGUGAUCUUCAAACUCGUUAUCUUGUGAUUAUAUAGUCAUUGGCUGAGUUUUGUUAAACCUACUAGGGUGUGUUUUUUUGGGAGUUAAAAACUUAUUGAGAUCUUCUGGCUAAAUAAAAUGGCAUAAAUGCA